GAUCCUAGGGUUAAGAACUGGCCUUUGAUGGAAUCGCUUACUCCCACUUUGAUUAUAAGUUGCUUGUAUUUAUUGGUCGUCUAUGUUGGUCCGAAGAUAAUGAGAUCCAGAGAGGCCCUGAAUCUGAAUAGAAUUAUGAUUAUAUACAAUUUUUGCAUUGUAUUACUAUCUUUCCAUAUGUUUAGAAAGGUAUCUUUAUUACUGCAGUAUACUGCUUGCAAUUCAGUGAAAAAAAUUUAUAUGGCAGAAAUACUUUGGUUGUAUUAUUUUUCGAAAAUAAUUGAACUGUUAGAUACGAUAUUCUUCAUAUUAAGAAAAAAGGAAAGCCAAAUCACCUUUCUACACGUUUAUCAUCAUGCUAGCAUGAUGAUUUUGUGGUGGCUAAAUGUUAAAUGGGGUGCUGCUUUUUUUGGCCCAUUGUGCAAUUCUUUAAUCCAUGUAUUUAUGUAUCUAUAUUACGGACUAUCUGCACUUGGUCCAAAAUAUAGAAAGUAUACAUGGUGGAAGAAAUACAUGACUACUAUGCAAUUGACCCAGUUCGUCAUUGUGAUCAUCCAUACAAUACUUGGAUUAGUAUAUGUUGGUGAUUGUAGUUACCCAACGUGGAUGAAGUGGCUAUUAUUUUUUUACAUGAAUUCCUUGCUUGUUCUCUUCAUGAAUUUUUAUAGGAAAGCUUAUCAGAAAAAGCCUAAGCAACAAUAG